AUACCUAAGAGAGGAGAGGAGCCAGGGAGCUGUGGGCCAGUGGAUUAGCUGGAAGGCCGUGAAGCAGAGGUGCCCAGGGUUAUGGCUGACGCCAUCACCUAUGCAGACCUGCGCUUUGUGAAAGUGCCCUUGAAGAACAACGCGUCUAACCAUUUAGGACAGGACUGUGAGGCCUAUGAGGAUGGGGAACUCACCUACGAGAAUGUGUCUCCAGUCCCGGGAGGGCCACCAGGCUUGGUUUCCCCUGCACUAGCGGACAAAGCAGGGGUCAGGUCAGAGCAACCAACUGCGUCCUGGAGCUCCGUGAAGUCAUCUGCUCUCGGGCAGAUUCUCCGCUGUCCCACAGUCUGUUUGCAAUACUCCUUGCUUGGCCUUCUCCUCGCCUGUCUGAUGUUAGGGGUGGCUAUCAUCUGCCUAGGAGUUCGCUAUCUGCAGGUGUCUCAGCAGUUCCAGCAGGUGAGCAGGAUAUGGGAAGCCACCAACAGCAGCUUGCAGCAGCAGCUCAGGGAGGAGAAAAGACAGCUGAAGCAGAGGGAAGAUGAUCUUCGGGAGUCUCGGAGAGAGCUGAACUCGACUCAGGACACAUUUCAGGAGAAGCAGAAGAUGUAUGAGGUCACUAAGCAGCAACUACAGGACUGCCAGGCUGAGAGUCAGAGGACCAAGGAGAGCUUGAAAACUGAGGAGCAGCGGAGGCAGGACCUGGACCAGAGUUUGAGGAACACGCGGGACGCUCUGAGAGGCUUGUCCUCCUGUUCGUCAGACACCUGCUGUCCACGUGGAUGGGUUCAGCAUGAGAAAAGGUGCUUUUACAUCUCAUGUACCCCCAGAAGUCUGGAGGAGAGCCAAAAAUACUGCACAUCUCUGUCCUCCAAACUGGCUGUGUUCAGCGAACCUGAUGAUUUCUCACCAGUUUCUCUGCCCGAUGGCUUAGAGAAGUUGCUAGAUCGUUCAAAGUCAUAUUGGAUUGAUCAGAUGAGCCAUACUGUAGAUUAUCGACAAACUAUGAAAGGGAGGAGGUCCGAUUCUCAUUCUCAAAGCUCAUAUUGUUACAUAGUAAAAAAAUACCAGUCAUGGUGGAACUCAUCAAAGUGUACAGAGUCUCACCCCUGCAUUUGUGAGAUGGAGGCUCUCAGGUUUCCUGAUGGGAUCCAUCUGAACUGAAAUGGACACUUGAACAAGACCUUGUGACCUACGUCCUUAACCUAUGGCCUGCCAAUUCUCAAGACUGCUAUUCCUCCAGCACUCCCUCACUCUUGGGCACGCCCAGCUAAGGGCUGACUCUGGUCUGGCGACCUGCUGCUUGCUUGAAAGCUGCUCCAGAAACUAUUCUUGGGAAGAGUAAAGAAGCCUCCAGAAAAGACUUUGACCUUCCUUAAGAACUUCCCAAACUAGAGAUGGGUCAGGGGAGGGCGCUCCGCUGAGUGGAUGGAUGGCCCGGAGCCAGCCAGGCAGUUUUAUUGAAAUAUUUUUAAAUAA